UCGUAGUCUAAAAACUGUGACGGACUCACGAAAACUACCCAUCCAUAUUCCAUUUCCGUGCCAAUUUAAGCCUUGUUUUCAAAAAAACAACAUCAAAAUGAGCACCAGCAGUGAUGAUACACAGUUCAACUGCCGGCUCUGCAACUUUGUAGGAACAAGCAAGACCGCAAUCGCAGAGCAUUUCCUGACAGAACACAUAGAACAGUAUGUCUCCCUUAGCAAGGCAACUCCUUCAAAAUCACCUAAGAAUGAAACUGUAACAAAAAAAGAAAAAUUAGAGGAAGGGGAGCAAGAAGUGGAUGAAUCAGAAGCAGAGAAUGAAGAUAUUACAAAUGAAGAAGAGGAAAAAGAAGAAGAGGAGAAAAGGUCCAAGACCUUAGACGAAAUUCUGAAAAAGAAACUAGAAAAGGAUACUAGUCCUGGAUUUGGCAGGGGGAUGCGGAGAAGGAAGAAGACUACCCCCAUCAAGUAUUCCAUGGAUGACGACGAUGAAGAUGAAGAUGAUUGGUUACCAAAGAGAGAGCCAGAACCAUCUAAAACCAUCUAUGUACGUCAACCUUCCAUACUUAACAAAGGACGUGGAAGGCCACGCAAAAAGGGUAAGCGUGGACGUCCUCAAACGCUUGGAUUGAAGAAGUCCAAAUUGAAGCCGAAGAGUGCUGCCCCAACUCCAAAACCACCACCACCCCUGAAGCCUAAAACUGAGAUGAGGAAAAGGGCUGAUGAGAAGAACUUGCCAAUUCCGUACUAUGUAUUUAAUAGAAUCUUAGAUGAUCGAGUGGAAACAUGGUUCAAACAUUACAAAGAAAAGCGGGAAGCGAUAGAAAUGGUCCGUUGUGCCAAUGAUAGGUGUGCCAAUGUUAUGAGUGUAGAGGAGAUGGUUGUCCAUGAGAAGUGCCACGUGCCAAAUCUUGAUGGAUUCCGUUGCUUCGAAUGUGGGAUCCUCAGCCUCCAUUGGGCCAAGAUGAGGGUUCACUAUCGAUCUGAGCAUGACCCUAAGCUGAAUGCUGCCAUGUGUGAUUUUGAAGGCUGUGAGAAGAUAUUCCCAUGCAUUGGCACCAAGCUCCUGCAGAGUCAUGCCCUCAAAGCACACUUCAAACCACAACUUUUAGCAAGACUGAAGAGCCCAGAUUUUGAUCCGUCGGAGUAUGCACAAUAUAUGCUGGCCCCUGAGAGUGAAGCGGACAGACAGUCCAUUUUAAGAAAACGUGGCAAUAAGCGUCCUGCAGAAGAUGGAGAUGAUGAUGAUGAAGAAGAAGAAGAAGAAGAAGAAGAAGAAGAGGAAGGAGAAAUAAAAGCUCCUGCUAAGCCAGAGGCAAAAAAGCCCAAAAGGAGAAAGUUCAAGCGCUACAAGGUGCAUGUAUGCAAUAUCUGCAUGGCCAGAUUCAAGGAUGAAGGGGAGAUGCUUUCACACAAGGAUGCUCAUUACAAGGACAACUCUGAAGUAAUCUACUGUACAGAAUGCCCAGAUUUCAAUACCACAGAUGAGGAAGAGAUACGAAAGCAUUUGGCAGAUACCCACAAAAGAAUGCUGCACUUGCACCGCUGUCAUGAAUGCAACAAUUUCUCAACCAACCACUACCAUGACUUGAAGAAACAUCUUGUCACUCACACAGGUGCUAAGAACUACAUGUGUGAGUUAUGUGGCAGACGUACCACCACGCCCUUCAAUCUGCGUAUUCACUACAGGCGUAUCCACGCUUCAGAAGAGGAGAAGAAGCACCACUGUAUGUCAUGUGACUAUAAGUGUGCUGACAAAGGCAUCCUGAAGGAGCACAUCAAGCACAAGCAUGGCCUGCUGCUUAAUAAGGACAGCUAUGGAAGACCCAAACCAACCGCAACCUUUGCCUGUAACUUAUGUGACUAUGUGGGCCGCAAGCAGAAGAGUCUAGAAUACCACAUGCGCAUUCACAAAGAAAAUCGCCAGUUCAGAUGCCAGCUUUGCCCCUAUGCCAGUAAGACAAAGAAUAAUCUAGUACUUCAUAUCCGUACUCAUGAAGGGAUGCAGCCCAACAAGUGUCCUCACUGUGACUUCAAAGGUGCAACCAAUAAGAUUGUGUCUGAGCACAUCAUGAGCAAGCAUGCCAAGGUCCGUCCAUACCGCUGCAAUGUGUGUGGCUGGACAGCAGCAUACAAUGGCAACAUGUGGAAGCAUGUUGAGAACCACCAAAAGGUCCUUGGAGACCAGAUGCCUGAGUUUCCUGUCAGUGUCCUCUCCAAUAUAGAUGACCUCAACAUGCCUACACCUCUCCGCGCCCCAUCUGGCAAGAAGCGUGGCCAAGGAAAAGACCCAACCUCGCCAUCAUCGCCUACGUCUAGACCGAAAGUCAAGAGGAACCGUCAACCCAAAUUUCAAGAGCCUCCCAGCGGUGUCAUCCUUGCCAACAGGUCUGUGGUGCAGGAGGUUCCUGUGACAGUAACAAUAACUCACCAAGAAGAUCCCCCACAACAGCAGCCUCAUGAAGUAGCAGUAGCAGCAGCUCCACAACCUCCUCAAGCCCACCCACAAUCUAUUUCAUCGGUCAUCAAUCAUGAAGGAAUGGUCAUUCAGAUGGUGAACGUGGAACCAGCUCAUGACGCACAACCACACCAUGUGAAGGUCAGUAGUGACAACCAUAUCAUCCGUCACCACCCCAUGAUAGAGUACAGCAGUGUGCCACCAGUGUCUGUCACCCAACAGAUCAUCGCUGCAGGUAAUGACAUGGCACAUGUCAUAUCGGAGCAGCAGUUCCAUCAACUGCAGCAGCAACAACAGCAACAGCAGCAACAACAACAACAACAACAGCAGCAGCAGCAGCAACAACAACCACAGCCCAACCAAGGACAUCCUCCGCAAUCACACACCCCUCUUGCGCCACCUCCUGCACUGCACAGCCAGCAGCCCAAGGCACCCUUGCACCCUGUACCUCUUGAGAUCCAUGCUGUCCCUAUUCACCCCACCACCCACAGUAACAUCCCGACACCAGUCGUUGAGCAGAUAGUGCGUGAUACAGACCAUGCUGUACAUCAUUUGGUGGCUGCCAUGAUGCCACGGUGGUAGGUAACCAUGGUUUCUCCUUAACAUCCGGGUCCAGUUACACAAAAGAUUGCAAUCAAGUGCGAAAUGACUGUGGCCAAUAAACCAAGAGCAUUUUGAUUCGAAGACUGAUCAAUCUGUAACCACUCAGAUUUGUUUCAACUUUUAUAUGAUUAAUCAUAAACUUUUGUGUUAAGAGACCUCGGAGUUAUGCUUUGGAAAGGGAUAAGAUAUUUCUUUGGUAUCUAGUAAUAGAGACAUUCAAGCUGAAAACUCAAAGAUUUGGGUGAUAUGUUGGCAUACAUUGUAGAUCUUCUGCUAGUACUUUAAAUGAAGUUAAUGACGUGCGAUCAUGCCAUGGGCAUUUAUUGCACAUACACAUGGAUCAAGUGUACAUGAAAAAUGAUUUAAAUUCUUGUUUAAGAUCUAAAGCAAUUUUUUUUUUUAGUUUUGCUUUAUUCCAUUUAUGAAUACUACCAAAUUCAGUAUUUUCUUGCUCAGUAUCUUAUCAGUAACCAUUUGUAUUUUAACAUUUAGAAUUCUUUGUAAUCAUUUGCUGAGGCUGAAGCAAAAAAAAAAAAAAGGGGGGGGGGUAAAGGUUCAUUUCUAAUCAAAUCCAAUUGAGUUCAAUCCAGGAAUUGUUCAUGUAUACAUCUUUUUUGUUUUAAAUUACCUAUAAUUCUGCAAUUAAGUCAUACAGUUGUACAGGAACAAAAUGGAAACAAUUUUCAUUUACCAGUAUUAUUAUGUUUGCAAAAAAAAAUAUACGGGCUUGUAAACAGAUAUAGUUUCAAAAUUUUGUAAAUACAUGUACAUGUCAUGGGUUAAUUAAAAUACUGAACAUUUUAGAAACCAUGAAAAUAUGGAAAUUUUUACCAAAUAUUAUCAAUGGAUUUCGUGAGUGGAGUGUGCAUAUUUCUCCAUAACUUUUGAAUAAUGAUAUACACAUAUGCAUUUUUUAACCAAUGCUCUUUUGAAUAUUCUUUUGCAUCAUUGGAAAAAUGAAGGGCAAUUCUUGUCUCCUGUUUCAUGAUCUCUUCAUGGUAGCCUAACCUUCUCAUUUGUAUAAUUUGAGCAUCUGAUUGGCUACGGAAGUGAUCCUCAUAUUGGCAAUUUAACACAAUUCUGGUAAAAUGGGCAUAUACUGUAUGACAGCCAUAAACUGCACUACAUUAUUCUAUAUUAUAUUCCCUUUUUUUGGAGAGAAGAGGGGGAGUUGAUAUUCAUUAUUUUUGCAGGUUCAUGAAUAAACUCAUACUGCUGAAUAAAUUUCCACAUAAAUAUAGAGGCUUUAUAUAAUUAGGGCAAGGUCACUGUUUUUGAGGGCACAUUUCUCUAUUACAGCCCAAGUGGCAAUAAUUCAAAAUGGCUCCAAACAUAUCAAAGGUCAUAGAGAGGGGCUUUAAGGCCAAUUAAUAGGUCAUUGAAGGUCAGGGUCUUGGUUGCAUUAAGCUCCGAGUAUAACAAAAAAUUGGAUCAUCUCUGAUGUACCCAUCUGAUGUGCUAAAAAUAAUUGGGACAAUGUAAGCCAUGCUAUUAUGAUAUGAUACAGAACAGUUAGUACAUGUACAUUGGUCCUUUACUGUGGAUUGAUGAGAUACAUCAAGCAGAAUGAGUUGAUUUAGCUGCAGUCUUGUUGUCUAACGAGAGAUUGAUGGAUGAAUUUUUUCAUUGGUUCGUCUAACUAGUGGAUCAACAUUGCUUUUGCUGCCAAGCUAAAGUUUUUUUUUUUCGGAACAUCAAAAUUAUUUUAUAGGGGUGGGAAGGACGACUUUAUGUUGGGUAUUACAAGAAUUUGUCACUUUGUUCUAUAACCGGUGUGUUGGCUCAUCAGUUGGUAGAGCGUCUGUCUCACAACCGGGAGUUUAAACCCUGGUCACAUCAGACUAAAAGACGUUUAACAAUUGGAGUCGCUGCUACCCUGUUUUUGACGUUCAAUAAUUCAAGGGAUAGAGCCUCGUCGAUCUGGCGCGGCACAGCAGCUGCAGGGCCCACAAUCAAUUGGGCACAGCAAAUUUUUGGAAUAUUUCAUUUCAUGUCUAUUUCGAACAAUAAAAUAUGGAUUUUUCAUGUUAAUGUAAACUUACUUAACCAAUUCAUGAUCAUGAUGUUAAAUGUGACUUAAAUUCUACAAAUAAUCAGCAUAUUAACCUACCCCCUUUUCCCUCUAUUUUUAUUUGUUUGUUUGAUGAUGUAAAUACUGUAAAGAUUUUUAGUUGCUAGAAGUGUCAAAGCCGUGAGUGAACAGUUAGUGAGAUGAUAUCAGUGAAAAAAAGAAGAUAAUUGCUGUGUAUAGUGCUAAAUUGUAGUUAUAUUAAAAUGAAAGUUCUUCCAUUUUAAAAUUUCAGUAAUAAUUUAUAGUUUUAGUAGUUGUAAAUAUACAUGUAACCUAGCACUUUAAUAAGUACUGAUCUAUGAUAGCAAAUAAUGUAUACAUGCAUUGAAUGAUGAAAUAAUGUUGAUAUACUUUUAUUUGUAAUCCAAGGGAAUUUGUAUUGAUACUGCAUUGUAAAUGACCAGCAUGUUUCAGUUGCAGCAGCACAGUUUAGAGAAUUCAUUUUCACAGUGAUCGCAUUGUUUUUACCAAUUUCUAUUUUAUCAGCUGUUCCCUUUUAAUUAACAGAUUGCAGCGCUGCUAGAGAUUUGUUUUACUUGAAAUGAUUUGUCUAUUGUCAAAACAGCUUUGAGUGUAUCUCAUAUAUCUGAAGAGUGUUUUUUUUGUGAAAAGAAAUGCAUUCACCAUCUAUUUAAUUUUCAGUUAUGUAGAAUUUAGAUUAGAAAUGCUUCUAUGCAGAAGACACUGCUUAAUGACAAUCGUAUCAAACAAUUAUUGGUUUUGUAUGCUCCCAAAUCCUUGUUGCUAUUGCGAAUGUUUUACAUCUGCUUUAAUUAUUUAUAAUUAUCCUUGACUGCAUUGUAACCUAUUUACCCAAUGAUGUAAUCAUAAAAUUCAAAUUGUAUGCAUACUUUUAAAACUAAAGAUGUUCUUGACUGCCUGGAAGCUUGUCAGACAUAGCAUCAAGUAAUGUAUGCAAACUGGGAAUAAACAUAUUGUAGUGUACUAAUAUGUUUAUGAGAUACUAAAUGACUAGGUUCCCAGGAAAACACAUCUAUUAAUUUGAAUCCCUCAGUAAACAAGACUAUUUGAUAUGAACAUGUUUACCUUUGUAAAAUGUUAUAAGAUAUGAAAUUGAUCAUUUGUUUUUUAUUGAUUGGAUGGAGGCUUUUAACCCUUCACUUCUUAAAUUAUCAUUGGCAGACACGUCCCCCCCCCCUACCAAAAAUAGUCAGGGGACACAAUAUCAAAUGUCCCCCCAUACUAUUUUUGAUCUUUUAUGAUGGAGAAAAAUAUAUAAUUCACAAUCGAAAUAAUACAUGUAUUUUGGACUAAAUGACCUUACAUUCUGGGUGAAAACCUUUUUUUUUUUGCUUGUCAAAUUUCCCAGCCCCUGGUCCUACCUUUGGGGACAGAUUUCCGCCCAUGUAAAUUAUUACUUGAUUUAAGUGUCAACUGCCAUAAUUGUUACCCCAUUUUAUUUAUUUUUAAAUGACAUGUAUGCAUUUUGUAUCAAAUGCAGGUACAACAUAGCAUGGUAUUAGAAUAAUGCAGUAUGAAUUGAUAUAGAAAAUACUAUCCAUGACCUUUUUCUUAUGGGUAUUUUGUAUGCUGCCCUAUAUUUGAAUGUACUGAACAUAUAUUAUGAGUCCUUUGCAAAUAAAACCCAUCCAUUUCCCAAUCAAAA